AUGGCCAAACAAGGACAAGAAGCUAUGAAGAAAGCUCUUCAAAAUGCCAAAGGAGCUGGUAUUGGAGCUGGAUUGAUUGCCGCUGCUGGAGCUGCUAUUUAUGGAGUUUCUCAAUCAAUGUUCACCGUUGAAGCUGGUCACAGAGCCAUCAUGUUCAACAGAAUCGGUGGUUUGUCAACUGAUGUAUACAGAGAAGGACUCCAUUUCCGUGUCCCAUGGUUCCAAUAUCCAAUUGUUUAUGAUAUCCGUGCUAGACCAAACCAAAUUCGUUCUCCAACUGGAUCAAAAGAUUUGCAAAUGGUGAAUAUUGGACUUCGAGUUCUCUCUCGACCAAAUCCAGAACACUUGGUGACAAUCUACAGAACUCUUGGACAAAACUGGGAAGAAAGAGUUUUGCCAUCAAUUUGUAACGAAGUUCUCAAAGGAGUUGUUGCCAAAUUCAAUGCUUCUCAAUUGAUCACACAACGUCAACAAGUUUCAAUUUUGGUCCGGAAAGCUUUGAUUGAAAGAGCUCUCGAUUUCAACAUCAUUUUGGAUGAUGUUUCCCUUACUGAAUUAGCAUUCUCCCCUCAAUAUUCGGCUGCCGUUGAAGCCAAACAAGUUGCUGCUCAAGAAGCCCAACGAGCAUCAUUCUUGGUUGAAAGAGCUAAACAACAAAAACAAGAAAAAAUUGUUCAAGCUGAAGGAGAAGCCGAGUCUGCUAAAUUGGUAGGAUUAAUAAGCUCAUGACAAAUUAAAUGGUCUAAUCUGUUUUUUAGCUCGGAGAAGCCAUGCGAAACGACCCAGGAUUCUUGAAACUUAGAAAAAUCCGUGCUGCUCAAAAAAUCGCUCGAGUUGUAUCUGAAUCAGGAAAUAAGGUAAACUUUUGCUUAUAAAAAUUGCUUGAAAUAACACGGAAUGUUACAAAAAAACGACAGAAUCUUCAAUUUUCAUUUUUUUUUCCAGACAUAUUUGCCAGCCGGUGGUCUCAUGUUGAAUAUUGCCGAUAAUGACUAUUUGAAUGUUACCGACAAGAAACGCUAA